AAUUAAGGUAAAAACUAUUCACCAUUCUAGAAAAUUAGUUUGGCACCACCUAUGGCCAUACAUUCACUUGUGUAAGGUUUGGUUGCUAGGUAACGGCCACAAAUUAUGGAAUUACAAGGUUUUGAAACCAUAGUUAUUAACGAUACACAUCUGGCUUGAAUUUUUAUUGCACAUGAAACACACAACAAGCACAUGAUCACCCCUUUGCUGACUAGCUUUUAACUGUACAACUAUAGUUUGCUAACAAAUCACUAGCUAUGGCUGAGAGACAAGACCGUGAACAAGAGUACAUAUUCAGAAAUGUUCAACUCUUCAAGAAUGAUACCCUUGGUACUGGCUCCUACGGGGCAGUGUGUAAAGCCAAGUGUGACCAGCUACUCUGUGCUGCCAAACUACUCUAUCCAGUGCUCUUCCAAAUAGCUGUUCCAGAUCCUGGCAAAGAGCAUCGACACCCGUUUAGAAGAUUCGAAACAGAGUGUGCAUUUCUGAGUCGUAUCAACCACCCCAACAUUGUACAGUACUUGGGGACCUAUCGCGAUCCCGACACAAAUGCACCAGUUCUUCUCAUGGAGCUCAUGGACGACAGUCUGACACACUUCCUGGAGUCAUCACCUGGAGACAUUCCCUACCACAUCCAAGUCAACCUCUCCUAUGACAUAGCUCAAGCACUUGCUUUUCUCCACUCCAAUGGGAUCAUCCAUCGCGACCUCUCCAGCAACAAUGUCCUACUCAUUGCAGGGACUCGAGCCAAAGUCACCGAUUUUGGAAUGUCCAACUUCAGGGACAAAAACGUCAACCGACUAGCCACAAUGACCACAUGCCCGGGAACACCAGCCUUCAUGUCUCCCGAGGCACUAAACGAACCACCAGUGUAUACAGAGAAACUAGACAACUUCUCAUUUGGUGUGCUUCUAGUUCAGACCACAACUCGACAGUUUCCAAAGCCAACAGAUCGAUUUGAGAGUAUUCAAGUUCCCAAUCCACGAAAUCCAAUUCACAUAGUUGAAGCUAAAAUAGCAAUCCCAGAACUAGAGAGAAGACAAGCUCACAUGAGCCUGAUUGAGCCCACCCACCCUCUACUGCCGAUUGCUCGUCACUGCCUCAAAGACAGAGAUGUUGAGCGACCAUCUUCCCAACAGCUUUGCCAAACACUGGAUGCUCUCAAGAGGACACCACAGUACCAGGAAAGCUCCCAACAAGACCUGCACCAGAUGAUCAGAGAGAAAGACGAACAAAUUACACAAAAAAACACACAGCUACAAGAAAAUCAAGAGACAAUAAUGCAAAACAAUGAACAGUUACACACAAAGAAUGUUGAAAAUGGUCAACUUGCUACAGAACUAGCACAAGAAAAACAAGAUAACCAAACCAUUCAACAAGAAAACCAAACCCUUCAACAUGAGGCUGAAGCCAGGGAGAGACAGCUGAGGAGACUCAACCAAGAGUUGCAAUCAAGUGAGGAGAACACUGCUGCCCUCCAACAAGCCAUCGAUCAACGAGACAGAGAAGUCACUCAACUGAGACAAAUGUUGGCAAGCAAGAACGAGGAAUCUCAUGAUCUAUCGACUCGAAUGCACCAAGUCGCACUACAAGAUGAGCAAGCUACACUGAUGAAACCUGCUACAAUAGAGUCACUACCUGAUGUACCUGUUGGUAUGUGGUAUGGAUCAUCAGCCGUGAUUGGAGACAAGGCAUACUUUAGUCGAGAUGGAAGCAAAACUGUUUAUGAGUUCAGCAACAAUCAGUGGCACGAGUUACCACCUUGCCCUAACAGCCACUUCACUAUUGUCAGUGUCGAUGACAUGCUCACAACUGUGGGGGGACAGUCAGUCACACAACUCUUUAGUAACAAACUCUACAGCUAUAUUAACAACGAAUGGGUCGAACACUUCCCUCCCAUGCCAACCAGACGGUGGGGACCUGGAGCUGUGUACGCUAACAACACACUUGUAGUGACUGGGGGAUUUCGUGAUGCAAAACGUUUAAAUACAGUCGAGAUAUUAAACACUGCUAACAUGCGAUGGUCUAUUGUUAGCUCACUACCUGUGUCAACCACUGACCUAUCAACAACGAUCUGUGGAGACUAUGUGUACAUACACCUACGAACUAGUGAUGCUCAAGAGAAGUAUUCAGUGUACAAAUGCUCAUUAAGACAACUAACUCAGUCCCAGCCAAGCUCAGCUAUAUGGGAGAAGAUUGCUCCUUUACCAGUUAGCUGGUCCUCUCUUGUUACCAUCAAUGGCCACCUGCUGGCAGUGGGUGGGAGGGACUCUAGAUGUAAGGACAUAUAUCAGUACAACGAGACAUCAUGGACUUUCAUUAAUCAAACGUCAACACCUCGAUCAAAAUGCGUCACUGCUGCCCUCCCUGGGAAUAAACUGAUGGUUGUGCGUAGAGAUGAUACAUACAGAAAAUGUGAAGUAAUUACUUUUGUAUAGACUUGUUCUUUGUGUCGUAUUGAAGUACAGUAUAUUAUGUAACAUUGAUUAUUAUGUUGAUAACUAACAAAUGUGGUGAGCAGAUGAAGUAAUAUA